CACUGACUUCUCCAAACUGAUAACAUCUUGUUUAGAACAAUAACUGUUGACAUCAUUGUCUUGUCCUCAGCCAUGCAGCAGGAUGAUAACAUCACACCCAAAUUCUCAGCCAGGUAUCGCUAUGGAGAUGAACCAGAUAUACACGAAGUUGUCAACAAUCUGGAGAUAGAGAAUAUGUAUCUGAAGGAGGCGCUGAAGUCCUUGGACCAGUGUGUGUGUUACCCACAGUGUAUUGUAGAUGGCGUUGUCUAUGACGACGGAGACACCUGGCAACAGAACUUCUGUACCAUCUGUGUUUGUCAGAAAGGACAACCAUCAUGCUCACCUCGUCUCGACAUGGCCAACUGCACAGCCCCAUGUGCAGACUCCCCGUGUAAAAAUGAGGGAUCGUGUGUAGACGUCGGGAUGGACGGAUACCACUGUGAAUGUGUUCCCCCCUUUGAUGGCCCCACAUGUGAUGUACGACAGAAUCCCUGUGUGUGGCCCCUGGAAAUGGGCUGCUGUGAUGGUAACAACACUGUGCUCCGAUACUUCUAUGACAGGUUCACCGAGGAUUGUCUCCCUUUCAACUACUCAGGAUGCGGUGGAAAUGUCAACAAUUAUGAGACAUUAGAACAGUGCCGCAGUGUGGCCAUGACUGGGGCCUGCUGCUUCAGGAGGUUCAAGACAGACGUUGAUGCACUUAUAGAUGGGGAACAAGGGGAGGAGUCAAAGUGUGAGAUCCUGAGUAUCGGUGAUUGUCGGAGUCUCCAUGGUGACAAAAGGCUAGGCUACCAGCUAGAGGUAACUGCCUUUGCCCCAGGCCAGCUUUGUGAGGAGGUCAACUGUCUAAUGCCCUCGGACAAGUGUAUGUAUGAUGGCCAGACGUACUCACCUGGAGACAAAAUACCACAGGGAUGUCAGGAUUGUGUGUGUGAAGCUGAUGGCCAAUGGACCUGCAGUUGUAAGGUGGUAUCGGAGAGGAAGGAAAUCCGUGACAUGACACGUGAAGAGCUCGUCAAAUUUUACUCCGCUGUCCAGCAGCUCCGACUUAGCGGUCCUGGUAAUGACUGGGAGAAGUUACGGGAUGUCUACAUGACUCACAGCAUGCAGGCCAACGGCGGCCAUUUCUAUCUUCCAUGGCACCGUGUCUUCCUACGGCGUCUGGAGCAGAAGUUACAGAAAAUUGACUGUUCCAUCACACUCCCAUACUUUGACUUCACGACAGACCCGGGCAGACUUGCUGAUGCCAUCGUCUGGCAGCCGAGUUACUUUGGUGGUAAUGGAGAGGGCGACAGCUGCGUACCUGACCAUCCAUUUGGUCAGCCAGGAUCUUGGCGUCCUUGCAUAAUGCGAAAGUUUGAUAUGGCUGUUCCAAUUCCUUCAUUAGCAGAUCUGUCCAUCGCACUUAGCAGUGAGAGCUUCCUAGAUAUGAGUAUGUUUCUGGAAACCUACCUCAGUUAUGUCCAUCGCUAUAUCGGAGGAGACAUGCUCACUACCGGUGCCCCAUAUGAUCCCAUUUUCUAUUCCAUCCAUGCAUUUGUAGAUAUGUUGUACUGGCAAUGGCAGCAAAAAGGAAACAACAAAAACAUGUUCCCUGGAGCCUAUGGAAACAUUCCAAUGGUACCCUUCAACAUUCCAGCCCGCAGUGUUCUCGAUCUUGAAGCUGAAGUAUGUGUGACCUAUGCCCUCCCCUCUAAAGGUAACCCCUGUAAUGUGACCAUGAACCCUGGCCCUGACAAUAGCAGACAGCCUGACCGUGGUGACAUACCGGCUGUGACAGUGAAUUUGAAUUUACCAGGCUAUGAGGCAGGUUUUGAUCGUCGAGGCUACAGCCAGGAUGGAUACGGCAAGGAUGGUUUCAACAGAGAUAACUAUGACCGGGAAGGAUACAACCGCUGUGGCUAUAACAGAUACAGUCUGGACCGUGAGGGCUAUUCUAAAUAUGGUUAUGAUGUGGAGGGCUUCGAUCGCAAUAGAGAGGAGGACACAACAGGGCGUUACCAUAGCAAUGGCUAUAAUGACUUCUGUCUGAACAGGAGAGGUUUGACAAGAGAUGGUUAUGACAAGCAUGGUUUUACAGUUGGAGGCAUAGAUGCCAAUGAGUGUUCCUACUAUUAUAAAGGCCCGUUUUCCACUACUCAGACCCUGAAGAUCUGGGACAUCCUGUCCCUACAGGGCCAGGGGUUUCUGACGACUUUCCCACGUCUGUGUCCCCCACUUGACCCCGUCCCCAUUAGCUGGGCUGAGCAGUUCUGGAUCACACAGAUCAAGGAUGUUUCAGCCCUAGUGCCGAGUUCUGUCCCAAACACAGAUCGUACACUGUCGGCCACGGACUCGCGCUUCUGUUUCGAUACCCAGUCCUUCCUAACACCGUGUACAUGUGAGACGACCAUAGCCAGCUGUGUGACUAACCCCUGUCUACUGGCCUCAUGUCCCUCCUGGCCAGAGGCGACCUGUCACAUCAACUUCUGUACGGAGUGUCGUGAUGUCUGGUUCUAUGAUGACCGGAUAGUUGACUGCCAUGGACAGAGAGAUUUCUGUGAGCCGAACCCUUGUCAGAAUGGAGGGAGUUGUGUCCCUUCUAUAUGGCCAACAGAACCCCAGCUCAUCACCUGUUCCUGUCCCCCUGGGUGGGAUGGACACCUGUGUCAGUAUCCUGCACUUGAUGUCUGUAGUCUCCCCAUCAAUACAGGAUCACUUUGUGGACAGGAGACUCGGUGGUAUUAUAACCCCCAGUCCCAGGCCUGUGAAGAGUUCAUGUAUAUGGGGUGUGGCGGUAAUGCCAAUAACUUCGCUACCCUAGAGGCCUGCCAGGGACGCUGUUCUAUUGGUGCAUGUUGUCACAGACAGCCCAUCUUCAGAAACAGAAACAUUGGAUAUGGUGUUCAGGGAUAUGAUAGGUAUGGCUUCAACAUAAAGGGAAUGAACAAACGAGGAGAAGACAGGAAUACAGACAACGCAUUCUUUAAUGGCAGGGAUCUUUACAACUCUAAGGGCUAUGACUGGCAGGGUUUUGACCGAUUUGGCUACAACAAGAAGGGAUUUGACCGUUUGGGCUAUGACAGAAAUGGUUUUGAUGGAGAGGGAUUCAACCUGCUGGGUUACAGCGAGAUAGGGGAAUACGAUGGCAACAUUGACUACAAUGAAGAGGGAUAUGACAAUGAGGGUUAUAACAGGGCUGGCAUGAACUGUCAAGGGCACAAUCGACGUGGUCUGAACUCCCGAGAGGUCACUGUGGCCUAUCGCUACAGCUGUAGGUCAGCUUCCUUAGACCAGUGUCAGAAUGUAGAGCAGGGUCAAGGUCAGAAGGUCAUCAAAUUUGUCCCAGGCCAGAGAUGUGAAACAACACUGUGUGAGAAGUCAUGUGGCUGUAGCCAUGGCAACAUGACAUAUGCUUUUGGUGAAAAGUUUCGGCGUGGUUGUCAGACGUGUACAUGUUUACCAAGUGGGUCUGUGAUUUGUGACUGCAUUAAUGUGCGCCAGAGAAAGGAGAUUCGUGAUAUGACACGGGAGGAGAUGGAGAAGUUCCAGGCAGCCAUCAAGCAUUUAGCCAAGGAGACUGGUCACCCAUCCCGCUGGUUCUCACUCGCCACGAUGUAUGCAGAUCACCGACCACAAGCUGUGGGAGGGGACCACUUCCUGCCCUGGCUGCGUUAUUACCUACAAUAUGUGGAGCAGGAACUCCAGGAAAUUGACUGCAGUCUCACGAUCCCCUACUUUGAUUGGACAGUGGAUGUUGGUGAUCUGAGGAAGAGUAUCGUCUGGGCAGCCAAUAUGUUUGGGGGUAACGGGGAGACGUUGGAAGGCUGUGUACGUAUUCAUCCUUUCAAAGAUUACCAUCCACCAUUCUGGGCCCCGUGUCUGCGACGUCAGUUCAACACCAAAAUCUACCUUCCUGAUGCUGUCAAUGUAGAGUUACUGAUGCGUGAACAGCGUUAUGAGAUGUUCCGACUGAAGUUGGAAGUGAUGUCCAACCAGUUCCAAGCUUGGGUCGGCGGCCAUUUGCAAACUGAGCUUGCUCCUUAUGACCCACUGUUUCUCUCUCACAUGGCUUUUGUAGACAGGAUUUGGUCAGAGUGGCAGAAACGUCAGGGUAACGGGUACUUUAACUACCCACAGAAACUGCGCUAUGUUCCUAUGGUCCCGUUUGAUGUAACUCCUGACGAUGUGAUGUCCUCAAAGGACCAGAUGUGUGUGGAUUAUCUGCCCCUGUCAGAGGGAGCAUUGUGUAAUACAUCGGUGCCUAUCUUUGGCUAUGACAGUGAGGGAUAUGAUCGUCAUGGUUAUGACAGAGAGGGUUAUGACAGGGAUGGAUUUAACAAACGUGCAAUGGACCGUGAAGGAAAUUCAGACAUGCGGGGAAUAUUUAGUACCACUGGUCUAGAUCGUCAUGGGUACAAGAGAAAUGGUUAUGAUAUGAUGGAUUUUGACCGUUAUGGAUUUUACUAUGAUACGUUUAACUUGGAUGGAGUUGACAGUGCUGGUUAUGACAGGGACGGAUACGACCGGUAUGGGUUUAAUCGCAAUGGAAUGACACCCUACGGAUUUCUAGGUAAUGGGACGUGGACACGGGGAGAGCGUUUAGACCUGUUUGAUCGUUUUGGCUACAAUAGGUACGGCUAUAGUAGUAACGGUUUGGACAGAAAUGGUUAUGAUGUAUUUGGCUUUGACUCUGUAGGCUUUGAUAAACGUAUGUGUAACAACUUCUAUCUUGGUCCUGCUUAUGUGGUCAUCAAACGCUGGGCAGAUGUGGAAUUGGAGAACUUGGACAACUUAUCCAUCCAAAUUAUCACUAGAAUCUGCCCUGAAGUCACAGUGCUCCCUUCCUGGGUCUACCCAUUCAGCUGGUUUCUCCGUGGUAAUCAGGUGGCUCAGAUAGAGGCUAUACAGAACAGGCAGCAGACAGACUACAGUCCUAGAACAUCAAGUGUCCUAGAUAACGACCUCUGGUUGCCUGUUCCUCCUGAUCACAGGUUGUGUUUUGUGACUAACUAUUACAACAAGUGUCCAUUUGGACAGUUGCCUGUGUCCUGUCCAGACAUGUGUGGGGACAGACAAUGUCCAGGUAUUGUAGAUGCUGUGUGUAGGACAAACAACUGUGGUCGCUGUCGCCAGGAGUGGUACAAUGGAAUCACGGGGAAAGUUAUUGAAUGUAGUGGUUGUGUGGAUGAGAAUGGAAAGGAGCGUCCGGAAGGGUCCACCUGGGCCCCUUCUGUGUGUAGAGUCUGUACUUGUCAGCAAGGCCUCCAGAACUGUGCUGACACAAUCUGUACUGAACCAACAUGUACCCACCCUAUACAGGUAUCCGGCCAGUGCUGUAAAUCUUGUGACGGAGGGUGUGACUACAAUGGCAGUAUCUACUCUAACGGGGAGGUGUUCCAGGAGUCUCAAUGUAAUACCUGUCAGUGUAACUAUGGAAGUGUGGAGUGUCGACGUAAACCCUGUCAGCUGACCCCUGGCUGUCGCAGUAGUUCCCUCCUCCCCGGAGACUGCUGCCCCACCUGUAUGGACUGUGGUAGUCAUAGUAACGGCUCUCGGUGGCGGGAACGUGACAGUCCAUGUGUAGAGCAUAGCUGUUUGAAUGGUGUGAGUAGUCAGAGGAGGAUUGAGUGUGGAGAGGCUAACUGUCAGCAUGCCUACACACCUGCUGGAGAGUGUUGUCCUGUCUGUGUUGCAUGUUUUUACCAGGGGAAGAUCAUACAAGAUGGAGAGCUUUUCACACCCAAUCUUUGCACAUCUUGUCUGUGUAAACAUGGCAAUGUUGAGUGUCUGGAUGAGCAGUGCCCUCGACCACAAUGUAGCAUGCCCAUCACCGCCCCAGGGGAAUGUUGUCCUACCAUCUGUAACAGUCGAGGGUACGGUGGAAUGUCUGUCCGUCCAGUGUGUGGAUUCCUGUACCCACCCCUCAGAUGUCACUCAGUGUUGUCCAUCCUGCACUGACUGUUAUUAUGACGGCAGCAUCCGUACCAAUGGACAGAACUUCUUAUCCAGCGACUGUAAACAGUGCGUGUGUGUGAACGGGAAUGUGAACUGUCAGGACCUAAUAUGUCCACCGCUGACAUGUACCAACCCAGUACAGGUCCAGGGAGAGUGCUGCCCCGUCUGUAGGGACAUCCAGCCACCGGCCCACUUGUGUACGUUCCUUGGUGAGCGAUAUGAGGAUGGUACAGCAUUCAAACACCCGGAGGACGGCUGUCGUACAUGUAUGUGUCGUUCGAGCCGUGUGACAUGUCAGGACCAAGUGUGUGAUAUACGAUGUGAACACCCUCGUCAUGACACGUGCUGUCCGGUCUGUGAUGACUGCCAAUUUGAGGGAAAACUCUACCCCAACACCAUGUCCUUCCAGCCUGAUAACUGUAGAAAAUGUCGCUGUGAUGAGGGAACAGUGACGUGCCAGGAGAGAACCUGCCCAGAUCUACGAUGUACCCAGACCAUGAAGGUCCCUGGUCAGUGCUGUGAGGUCUGCAGUGGUGCUGAUCCGUUUUUGCUGGAACGAAUAACCUUGACUGCAAAGGUUGAAGGUGAACCUAAGGUGUCACCUGUUAUCACGGAAUUCAUACAUCUUGUCCCCGAACUAGCAGGAUGUGAACACAAAGGUGAGCGGUAUCAAGAUGGACAACAGUGGAAGAUGGUGACUAAUCCGUGUGUGACCUGCUCCUGUUCCGCCGGACUCAUCACCUGUAUGGAGAUGCAGUGUUUCAAUACGUGUAACAAUCCUGUAAACGUCCCAGGCCAGUGUUGUCCUGUUUGUCCCUCGUGUCGAUACAAUGGUUUGUCGUACACUGAUGGAGAGAGCUUUAGCCCCAAUGGUGACCCGUGUGAUGUCUGUACGUGUGAGAGUGGAGGGCUCAAGUGUCAUCAUGAGAGUUGUCCCCAGAUCGCGAACUGUCCUGUAGAACAACAAGUGCCAGCAGCCCCAGGCCAGUGCUGUCCGACCUGUUCAGGCUUUGGGACUAACUGUACCCGCGAGACUGUUGGAGUAAGCCUUAGACCUCGGGCAACACGAGACCCGUGUGUUGUGUGUGAGUGUACGGCCUCGUUCCACUGGAUGUGUACCACUCAGAGGUGUAACCCUGUGGCCUGUCCACCCUCCGUCCAGCGUGUCCGUUCUGGCCAGUGCUGUCCUCAGUGUCCUGCCUGUUAUGAUACAAGAGAGGAUCGUUAUUACGAGGAAGGGACGACAUGGGCAGACAACUCUGAUCCCUGCAUGGUGUGUCGUUGUCAGGGUGGAGAGAUUAACUGUGUGGCAGUGGACUGUCCCAGGGUCUUCUGUCUUGAUGACCAGGUUCCUCUCCGUGCUCCUGGCACUUGUUGUCCAGUGUGUCAGGACAUUGACCGUGCUGAGUGUCUGUAUCAGGGUAACACCUACCAGACAGGUGAUGUAUGGACUAUCGACGAGUGUACGACCUGUAGCUGUUUGGGAGGAACAGUGAGCUGUACAACAGAACAGUGUGACUAUCAAAGCUGUGGAUUUGAAGCUGUCUUGUCCCAGAUACCAGGCCAAUGUUGUCCUGUUUGUCAGAUAAGUUCUGCCACCUGCCUAGUGUAUGGUGACCCACACUACCAAACAUUUGAUGGAAGCACAAUCAGUUUUAUGGGUAACUGUCGCUACAUCAUGGCUGCCGACUGUGAAAAUGAUGAUUUUGUAGUAGAAGUACAACAUGACCGACGGUCAGCUCCCUUUGCAGUGUCCUGGGCCCAGAACUUUACAGUCAAACUGUCUGGCUACAGGAUCGACCUGCUCCAGGAUGGAGUUGUCAGGGUUAACGGCCAGGUGGUGCUGCCAGAUCACCGACAGGGAAGUGUCUUCUCUUUAGAGACGAAGGACAACACCGUGUUCCUCAACACCCAAAUCGGAAUCAAGUUGGUAUGGAAUGGUGACAGUCAGGCAGAGCUCAGCGUGCCAGGUACUUACAAACGUAAGACAUGCGGACUGUGUGGAAACUUCAAUGGCUAUCCUCAAGAUGACAUGCGGACUCGCUCCAAACAGAUCACAAACUCUCCUAGCACAUUCGGCAAUAGCUGGAAGGCUGAUGACCAGACCUCGGACAACUGUGUUAACGCUGCAGACAUAGACCCAUGUAAGGAGGUGGGGUAUCGAGGCAAGCGUAUAGCAGAAACUAAAUGUGCCAUCCUCAAUGGUCCAGCUUUCUCCCGAUGUCACCGAACCGUGUCUCCCGAACCAUUCUAUGCUGCUUGUCGCCAUGACAUGUGUGUUUGUCUGGACAACGACACCUGUCUGUGUGAAGUCUUGUCCUCCUACGCUCGGGAGUGUGCCAAGAAGGGCAUCAGUCUGGCCUGGAGAUCAAGGGGACUAUCAGGGGGACUAUGUGAAUUCAACUGUAAUGUGACAAAAGGAUUCAUCUUUGAUGAGUGUGGCCCUGUUUGUGCUCGUACAUGUGAAAACUUUGACCAGCCAUCAACUGACUUAUCCAGCAAGUGUUACAAGCCAUGUGUAGCCAGCUGUCAGUGUCCAGCUAACAAGGUUCUAUAUAAUGGACACUGUAUUGAUUCCACUGCCUGUCCAAAUAUAAACAGGGCAUUUUCUGGCACCACAAACAUACGUAUACCUUAAUACAGGGACACUGCUGGGACAGAGUGGUAGGAGUUCAGGUUCUUUAUAAUGCAUUUACAUAGUUGUAGUGUGUGACACAGGUGAAACACAUGUGUACUGUUACCUGUGUGUGCGUGUGUACUGUUACCUGUGUGUGACAUGUGUACUGUUACCUGUGUGUGAAAUGUGUACUGUUACCUGUG